AUAAAAAAUGGAUUUUUAGAAUUAGCAACUCUAAAGAGCGAGAGGAGUUGCCGAGAGCCCCAUGAUGUCGACGACGAUCUCGACGCUGAUGACAGAAAGAGCGAGAGGGAGACCGUGACUGCGAACGUUCCUCUGGUCGUCACAGGAGCGAGAGAGAGAGACAAAGAGAGGAAAGACAUGGAUAAGGAUAGAAAGAGGAGGGAUAGAGAUAAGGAUAGGAUAGACCGUGAUAGGGACAGGGAGCACGAGAGAAGAGAGAAGGAUAGGGAGCGAGAGAGGGAAAGAGCGGAGAGGGAGAGAUCCACAAGGAGCAGGAGUCGCUCCGAGAGGGACAGAGACAGGGAGCGAGAUUUUGAUAUGCGCGAUGCCCGGAGAUUUAGGGAUAAAAAAGAGGUUGCAGAACCUGAGGCAGACCCAGCAAGGGAUCAGAGAACUGUUUUUGCCUACCAGAUGCCGCUAAAAGCAACAGAGACAGAUGUGUAUGAGUUCUUUUCAAAAGCUGGCAAGCUGAAAAGAACCUUGUUCAAUCUAAUGCUUCUAGUGGAGCAGCCGGUGUAACUGGCCCCUAUGGAGCUGUGGACCGAAAAUUAUAUGUGGGGAAUCUUCACUUCAACAUGACUGAGAGUUAGCUGCGGGAGGUAUUUUACUUUUGUUGCUGCCCUAUUGGCUGUUGUGGUGAGGAUGCAGAGUUUUGGCAUGUUUCUUGGUCUUUGCUACAUUUAUUAGGAAUAUGAAUGCACAUGAUUAUAUUGAAUACCAAUAACUUGACAAAUCAUAUCUCCUUAGAAAUAUUCAAUUAAGUUUCUCUUAUCCGAAUCUAGUAUAAUUUAAAGACAGUAUAAAAAAGAUACUUUGUCCUAAAAAAAACUUCUUUUCGAUAAAAAAUUAAAAGCAGUCUCUGAGGGCGGAAGACAUUUUCAAUCUUGUAUUUUCUUUAGUUAUGUUUGGUUACAUUUUAUAAGAUUGGAAUUUGACUAGUAACUUACAUAAUUCUA